UGUGUUUCCUUGUUGUCUUAAUGAAACACUGUGUCUUCACUCAGCUCCAGGAGGAGAAGAAGAAGAGAGAGGAAGAAGUUCAGAGGAAGAACCAGGAGCUGCAGGAGAAGACUGACCAGAAGGACGGAAGCAAAGAUGAAACAAUCAAGAAGGAGAGACGAGAUAAAGAGAAAGCUCAGAGUGAAGUGAAGAUGCUGAAGGAUCAGCUGGAGUCCAAGAACAAAGAGCUCCAGGAGGAGAAGAAGAAGAGAGAGGAAGAAGUUCAGAGGAAGAACCAGGAGCUGCAGGAGAAGACUGACCAGAUGGAGGGAAGCAAAGAUGAAGCCAACAUGAAGCUCCUGCAGGAGACAAAGAACAAAGAGGAAGCUCAGAGUGAAGUGAAGAUGCUGAAGGAUCAGCUGGAGUCCAAGAACAAAGAGUCUAAUGACAAACAAGCUGAAGUCCAGCAGCUCCAGGAGCAGAUCCAGAAGAUGGAAUCCGACCUGCAGACCCUGAUGAAGGAUCUGGACUCCGGCACAUUGGAGCGCUCUCCUCCCUCACUCUCGGGAAAACGCUUGUCUGGUACAAUCCAGUCUUUCCCUCUGUCUGGAGGAAACAAAGCUCAGGUCCAGUCUGUCCCUCUGUGGCCAGACAUGUUGAGACAGAAGUUCCAGGAGAAGCUGCAGAAGAAGAUCACAGAGUCUAAUAACAAACAAGCUGAAGUCCAGCAGCUCCAGCAGCAGAUUAAGAAGAUGGAAUCCGGCCUGCAGACCCUGAUGGAGGAUCUGGAUUCCGACACAUUGGAGGAUCUAAAAAAACAUGUUACCCUCUCUCGGUCGGCCUGGAUGUUACUUUUGAGGCAGAAGAUCCAGGAGGAACAGAAGAAGAGAAAGGAAGCUGAGAACAAAGUUCAGACCCUGGAGGAGGAACUGAAGACCAAAACCACUGAGAGAGAGUCUGAGACACAGGACAGCAGCUCGCUCAGUCAGAACUCAACCAGAAAACCUGCAGUUGAUUUUAAGAUCGACCCAGAGGGCAGAUAUAUCCAACUCAUAAACACAUCCAAAGAGGAACAACAGCUGGGAGGCUGGAGCUUAAAGAUACAGGUCAAAGACAAUAAACCUGUUAUACAUCAAUUUAAGGAACCAUCAAACACCGUCAAGACUGGACAUGUUUUCACUGUGGGUUGCUGUGGUUAUGGCAGGAGUUUUCCUCGUGCUGACCUGGUGUUGGAGGACCUGAAGUCCUGGAGCCAUAGAGACAAACUGCAGGUCUCCCUCAUCAGUUAUAAUGGAGAGAUUCAGUAUAACUUAGAUCAUAUUGACUGAAAGAUAAUAAUGAGUCCAGAUGUCUCAGCUUUGUUUCCUCCAUCUGACCUGCGAGCGUCUCCUCUGUUAGAGAUCAGAGCCAUCAGAGAAAUGAAGCAUCAUGAACACAAAGAUUCCCUCUGAGGGGAAACAGAGCUGAACUCCAGCAGACUGAAGACAUGAAACAUCUGGAACAUCAGGACUCACAUGUUCCUGCUUGUAAUGCAGUAAACAUGACAUCACACCACUGUCUCACCUGGAGACAGCAGACACUAACCUGUGUUAUUCAUAUUCAAUGUAACAUUAUCACAGGUUUCUCUUGUGACAAAUUACAAAUAUUUAGUUGUUAUGAAGAAUAAUAUAAAGUCAUCAGAUUAUUUACAUUAAUCAAUAUUUUACAUCGCAAAUGUAUUUAAGGUGAUUAUGUAACAGCAAGUUUUAACUGUUAGUUUAGAAUUCUGUCUGUCCUGUUGGAUUUUUUACCUGUGUAAACUUCCAGUUAUGUUUUUUUUUUUUUUUUUUUUUUUUAAUCGAUUUGCUCUGAGUCAUAUUGUGUUCUUUUUAGGCAUAUAUACCUUGAUUUAGACAGUGGAUAGAUUAUAAAAUGGGGAAAGAGGGUGUGUGACAAGCAGCAAAGGUCCUCUGGCCGGAAUUCAAACCAGGGUCAGCUGCAGAUGUGCUCUAACCACUCGACUACCUGUGCGCCCCAUAUUGUGUUCUUUGAUGAUUUGUUGAUGAUCACCACAUCUUUUUUAUGUAUAUAUUUUCUGUUCAAACAAAACAAAUAUCAUUCUGUGAACCAUCUGAACUUUAUUGAUACUAAGAGAGAUAUUUUAAUAAAACAGAGUAGUAGGAUGGCUGCUGCUCCUUUUUAGUGAACAAUCAUAAAUGUCGGUGAACAUCAGUGGAUUAUAUGAUGCACCAGGAUUCAAAUUCAGAAAUG